AUGAAAAUUGGUAUGGGAUUCUUAAUGUUAUUAUUAAAUAGCGGUCUAUUGCUUUUUGGUGCGGCAGAUUCAGAUCUUAUUUCCGGUAAAAAUUUGACAUAUGUAAACUUACUGGAAAUAGCUGGAAACCGUUUACCGGACAAUAUAUAUCCUGUACAUUAUACAAUCCAAUUAGACCUACGUUAUACUACGAACACAGAUAUUUCUUCUCAAGGCCAAUGCACAAUUUUUAUUCAAAUUACUAGUCCAACGAAAAAUAUAAAUUUACAUGCAGAUAUAUCACAAAUACAGAAAUUUUAUUUUCAAGAAUUGAAAACUAUAUAUAAAAAACAAAAAGAGAAAGAAUCAUAUGUUCCAACGUAUUUUCCAAUAAUUUCUCAAUACAAUAAUAAAAAUAAUGUCUGGGCCUUUAUCUUCGAUAAGGAAAUACCACCUGGUUUUUACAGCUUAAAUUUGACAUUUGAGUAUAUAGAAGUAGACAGUGAAGGUCUUUUCAGAACAUCAUUUAUAAAUGAUGAAGGAGAUACAACAUGGUUAGUCGCAUUAGAUUUUCUGCCAAUUGGAGCCCGACGAAUAUUUCCUUGUUGGGACGAACCAAGGUUUCUGGCGACUUUUGAGAUUUUUAUAACAUAUGAAUAUAAUUACACAAUUCUGUCGAAUACACUAAUUAGACAUAUAACAAGUUAUGUACUUGACUGGCAAAAAGCGCAUAUUGAGGUAAUUCGAAUCCCAACAUAUCACGUCUCAGCAAUAUUACUAUCACCACAGUUCACCACAGUAAAAUCAUUGUUUUUUGAAGCACCAUCUAUACUACGCAUGUUACAACUGAUGCUAUCAAAUGAUAUAUUUCAAAAUGCUAUAAGAACAUAUUUGAGCGAAGACCCUUCUUUAAAUGAUAUGACAAUUACUGAUGCUUUUUGGACUGCUAUACAACGUGCUUAUGAUAUUUCUCCAAUCAGACGUGUAGAAUUAAGCGUAAAGCAGUUCAUGGAUGCUUGGACAAAGCAACAGCACUAUCCUGUAGUGAAAGUUACACAAAAUAAUUCUCACGUGACAAUAUUAGUAGAAAAUAUGAAUACUAAUGAGAAGAACUGGUAUACUAACAGGAAGAACUGGAAUACUAAUGAGAAGAACUGGUCGAUACCUUACACCAUAGUUACGAAUGCAAAUAAAGAUAGACCUGAUUUUUCUUUAUCAACUUUGCAGAGUAAUAUCUAUUUUUCUUUAGUGGGAGAAGAAUUAAAUCUCAAUGCUGGAACUAACUGGAUUAUAGUUAAUGUACAACAAAUAGGAUAUUAUCGUGUCAAAUACGAUAAGACUACUUUGGGACAAAUCUCGGAAUACUUAAAUUCGGAUGAACAUCAUAUAGAUAAAAUACAUAUUCUCAACCGUGCUCAAAUUAUCGAUGACGCAUUUUACUUUUUUAUGAGAAACGAAACUGAUUUGAAUGUAUUCUUGAAUCUCACGAAAUAUCUAUGGCGAGAGACAGAUUUUAUAGCAUGGUAUCCUAUGUUUAAAGGUCUUGAAUACAUGUCGACUUUCUUUCAUUAUCAAAAUAGUUCAUAUAUAAAGAGAAAUAUGCUGAGAAUAGUAAAUAAAAUUUUUGUUGAAAUAAUAAAAGAUGAUUCGGAUUAUUUGUUCGAUAUCAGUUUAAAAGAAGAGAUUUCAAGAUGGGCAUGUAUUCUUGGUUCUUUCGAAUGCAAGGAAGAAGCUUUCCUUAGAUUACAGAUACAUUUAAAAAAUCAAACAGUAUAUCCAAAUUUACCGGGCCAUAUAUAUCCGAUACGCUAUACAAUCCAUUUACAACUUCAUGAUAUAAACAAAAAUAUCUCUGCUCACGGCGAAUGCACAAUCGAUGUGAAAAUUAAUAGUCCAACGCGAAAUAUAUAUUUACACGCGGAUGUAUUACAAAUACGAGAAUUAAAAUUUAAAGGAUUGAAAACAGCAGCAUAUAGAGAUCGAUAUAAAUUGGAGAGUCAUCCAGUAGUCAGUACAUAUUAUAGAGAAAAUAAUGUCUGGGCCUUUAUCUUCGAAACGGAAAUAUCACCUGGUUUUUACAGCCUAUAUUUGACAUUCGCGUAUUUAGAAGUAGACAAUAAAGGGCCUUUCAGAACAUCAUUUAUAAAUGAUGAAGGAGAUACAAUACGGUUAGCCGCAUUAGAUUUUCUGCCAAUUGGGGCCCGACGAAUAUUUCCUUGUUUGGAUGAACCACGAUUUCGGGCAUCUUUUGAUAUUUUUAUAAGAUAUAAUUAUGUAAAUUAUACGAUUUUAUCGAAUACACCAGUUAUAGGUCCAGUAGGUGUAUUUCACACUAUGGAAACGGUACGUUUUGUUACUCCUGAAAUUCCAACAUAUCACGUCUCAGCAAUACUGCUAUCGCAUUUCACCACAGUGAAAUCAUUGUAUUUUGAAAAUAUUAAUGUAAACAUCAGAUAUAGACAGCAGUUAAAUCCUUAUCAUAUCUAUUUUGCACGUACUGUUGUUGACGAUAUCACAUCAUACUUCAUAUCGCAAAAGCAUCUCGACAACACGAUGAACAUAACUCAUGUUCUAAUCCCAGGUUUCCGACACGAUGCCGUUUCAAAUUUGGGACUCAUUUAUUAUAGAGAAACAGCUGUUAUAUUUUUUGAAGAAGAAGAUCCGUUAAUGCGUAAACCAGAAAUUGCCCGUUUAAUAGGACGUUCAAUAGCAUAUCAAUGCUUUAGCAAUCGUAUCAGUCCAUCUUGGUGGUCUUACAUGUGGUUAAUCGAGGGUAUUACAACAUUGCUCGCAUUGGAUGCAAUUGAUGAGAAUUAUCCAGAUUUCCGUAUGAAAGACUUGUUUGUCGUUCAGACUCUACAAGAAUCUCUUCGUUUCGAUGAUAAUUUCGUUAUGAAGCCUCUUAUAACAGAAAUACGAACUCCUUCUGAAAUUGAAUCAAUUUUUUCAAUGUCUUAUUAUUUGAAAGCACCAUCUAUACUACGCAUGUUACAACUGAUGAUAUCAAAUGAGAUAUUUCAAAAGGGUAUAAAGACAUAUUUGAGCGAAGACUCUUCUUUAGAUCAUAUGACAACUAUUGAUGCUUUCUGGACUGCUAUACAACGUGCUUAUGAUAUUUCUCCAAUCAGACGUGAAGGAUUAAGCAUAAAGCAGUUGAUGGAUGCUUGGACAAAGCAACAGCAUUAUCCUGUGGUGAAGGUCACACAAUAUAACUCUCUCGUGAAAAUAUUUAUUGAAAAUAUGAAUACUAAUCAGAAGAGCUGGUCGAUACCUUACACCUCGGCUACGAAUGCAAAUAAAUACAGUUCUGCUUUUUCUUUAUUUACUAUACCUUUUAAUAUGCAGUUUCCUUUAGUGGGAGAAGAAUUAUUUUUAAAUUAUAAUAUAAAUAAUUGGAUUAUAAUUAAUAUACAACAAAUAGGAUAUUAUCGUGUCAAAUACGAUAAGACUACUUUGGGACAAAUCUCGGAAUACUUAAACUCGGAUCAUAUAAAUGAAAUACCUGUCCUCAACCGUGCUCAAAUUAUCGAUGACGCAUUUUACUUUUUUAUGAGAAACGAAACUGAUUUGAAUGUAUUCUUGAAUCUCACGAAAUAUCUAUGGCGAGAGACAGAUUUUAUAGCAUGGUAUCCUAUGUUUAAAGGUCUUGAAUACAUGUCGAUUUUCUUUCAUUAUCAAAGUAGUUCAUAUAUAAAGAGAAAUUUGCUGAGAGCAGUAAAUACAAUUUUUGUUAAAACAAUAAAAGAUAAUUCGGACAAAUUGUUCGAUAUUAGUUUAAAAGAAGAGAUUUCGAGAUGGGCAUGUAUUCUUGGUUCUUCUGAAUGCAAGAAGGAAGCUUACUCUAGAUUACAGAUAAAUUUACAAAAUGAAACUGUUUUGCCUUUGAAGGAAUGGACAUACUGUAAUGGUUUAAUGAUAGCAGAUGAUGAUACUUGGUAUUCAGCGUUACAUACCAUACAUACCGGAAAACCUGAUUUACCUGAUUAUAUGUAUCUUAAAUUCAUAGCUUGCUCUAAAGAUUUCUUUAUUAUUCGUAAUUAUAUAGAGAUCAUAAGCUCAGCACAGUUUUAUAAUAAAACACAAAAAGAUUACGGUCAAGUUUACAUUUUCCAUUUUGUCGUUGCGAGACAUGCAAAGAAUGACACCAUGCUUGAUUAUAUAUUAGCAAAUUUGGAUGGAAUAAAACCCAGGUAUUUUGAUUUGGAGAUAUAUCGUUUAAAUUCGUAG